AUGAGCGCCGCCAUUUUCGGUAAUGUGACUUCAAUCAUGCUGCGGCUGUCGCAGAAGUCAGAGGAGUUUCACGAGCGGCUGACGAAUAUCAAAGAGUUCAUCAACUUCUACCGCAUGCCAAAGACAAUGGGCCAUCGCUUGCAGGAGUCCUUCCAGUCGGCUUACGACUUCUCGAGUGGCAUGGACAUGAACAGCGUGAGUCACCCACCCGAUGCUAUUUUUCCUCGUGGAAGGCAAGAUCCUCGUCGUGGUCUUCUGUCGCCCGGCCAAAGGAACGCGUUCGGCAGCGUCUAA